AUGCACUCGCCAGGGCUUCGCGCCCUUGUCCAUCCCGCUGCUGCCGUCGCCGCCAGAGCCCCGCGGUCCCGAAUCCUCGGCGUCGCCUAUCGAUCCUUUCAAACAUCGUCUACUUGGCUGAGCGGUAGCGGGAGUGGCAGCGGCGCAAACAAUGGAGACAAGCCUGCGGGUGAAUCAUCGACGGUAGAAGGAGAGGAUGUACAACCACAGAAUGGCACCGAAUCAGCGCCAGGUCGUUCACGACUUCGAACUUCAAGCUCUUUAAAGAAUCGUAUCGCUCGCAAGAACGCCGCUCCAGCUCUACCCCCCGUCAAGCUUCCCCAGACGUUCCUCGACGAAAAUGUGACUCUUCACAAUGCCUGGCGCAGGCCUAGCCUCCCAAUUGCUCUCGCCGAAGACGCAAAGCACCCCAAGACGUCGUCUAUCUUUGUCGAUCCUCGGCCGAGCGAGAACACUCCCAGAGUACAAGAGUCUAACAAGGCGCUCGAGGAGUACUUUGACAAGACUCUCGAUGCCUUGAUAGAAAAGGCUGGAGACCGGGCCGGCGAGCUUGUCAACCCCGAAAUCGACUCGAACAACACCGAGGAGCUCGUUCACAAGCUCACAAGCAUCACCCGCGUCUACGACAUGCUCCUCGACUCGGCGUGGCAUCUUACCGACUCGCUAUAUCCCGCUCGACAUGCGCACUAUACAUAUACCUCUCGGCCAUUUUGGUGGUGGAAUUACUACAAGGACUUUGACCGCCACAGUCAAGAGUUCCGCGACCAGUUCCUCUCUGUCCAGACUGCUAUUGACAGCAUCCUCGACUACGACUGGAGACUAGACCAUUCCUUGUCUCAGGCCAUUGCUGACUUACCCGUCCUCACCUUCUCUUCCAUCCGAUCCGCCCUCCAUCGCGAAUUGACAACACCGGCACCUGCUGACUCCGAGCCGAGAAACCUGAAGCGCCAAAUCACUAUCCUUUCCAUGUCUGGCUAUAGCGGCCAAGCCAUAUCAGAAGCAGUUGCGGAACAUGCGGCGUACUUUAAUGAUGCCGACUUGAUCCGCUUAGAUGCUCAAGACCUGUCAGUACUGGUGGGAGAAUAUCUCGGGCAAGACUGGGCGUAUUCGAGGGGCUCCCUCUCAACUAUGGGCUUCCGCGCUGCUGAGAUGAACGGAAAGCUAUAUAAAGACCCAGAGCCCCCAUCACGCGCAGCUGAAGAAGAUGAGAAUGACCAAGACACCGUGAGCAUCCGUACAGGUGCAGGUCAGCACGAGGAUGAACAUCACAAGAUAAAGCCGGGUAUCUAUGACCCCUUUGACAAGUGGGAGAACCUAAAGAUCGACAAGAUUUUGGAUCAACUCACACAAGCUGCCGAGCUGAAGCACGGCUCGGCUCGUGAUAAGCCCCUUCUCAUUCAUAUCCACGACUUUGUGGAGCUCAAUAUGACCCUCGAGGGAUCGAUGCUGAUUUCACGGCUGAGGAGCUUGGUGGAUGCAGCCUGGCAACAGGGCACCAAGGUCGCCAUCUUUGGAACAUCUUCGAGUGAGCAGCCCUCGGAUGAGUAUCAAAGCGUUCUUCGAGAACUCUCCUUCGGAGACUUUGUCAUCUCUCGACACGUUGAGCCGCACCGCACGCUAAGGCAGCCCAAACCAUCUGGCGGCUCCCAGGUCUCCGACAACCCCUUCCCUCUCCAAGACACGGAUCUGUUUGUGGAGAAUGUGCGGAACGUGAAUCGGAUGCUCAAAUCACUUGGCGGUCAUCGACUUCUAGACUUUUCAAAUGACCACAUGAAGAUCUUUAUGCGUGCCACCGACACACGCGCUCAGAUGCUCAAGAAGUCGAUCCUCCCUCUGCCCGAAGUGUACAACAUUGCCUGUGCUGCGAAGCGGCAUGAGGAGGAAGCAGAGGGCGCCGCAGCAGGAGGGGUGUAUGAAAGACUUCUCAUGGGACCCCUAAGGCAACGGCCUGGACAACAGUUCCUGGAUGAUCCAGAGCCGGAAGGCAAGGCCACCGCUGAAGAGACACAGAAGAAGGCCGAAGACUCACAAACAGCCGGCCGGGCAUCCAUGAAGCUCAAUGAGUAUGAGAAGCGCAUAUCCUCUGGGCACAUCAACCGCCAGAACCUACGAACCACAUUUGACGAUGUCCAUGUCCCCAAGGACACCAUCUCUGCCCUCAAACUUCUUACAUCAUUGGCUCUGGUGCGGCCGGAUGCCUUCUCAUAUGGUGUUCUGGCCCAAGACAAGAUCCCUGGAUGUCUCUUGUAUGGCCCCCCUGGUACAGGCAAGACUCUCCUGGCAAAGGCUGUUGCUAAGGAGAGCGGUGCAAACAUGUUGGAGAUAAGUGGUGCCACCAUCAACGAUAAAUGGGUGGGUGAGAGCGAGAAGCUCAUCCACGCCGUCUUCACUCUGGCCAAGAAGAUCUCACCCUGCGUCGUCUUCAUCGACGAGGCCGACUCGCUCUUGGCCAACCGAAGCAUGCUUGGUGCUCGCGCAUCUCACCGCUCACACAUCAACCAGUUCCUCAAGGAGUGGGACGGCCUAGAGGAGACGGAAGCCUUUAUCAUGGUUGCUACAAACCGGCCCUUUGAUCUUGACGACGCUGUCCUUCGACGUCUACCACGCCGUCUCCUCGUCGACCUCCCCCUUCAGCCUGACCGCACCGCCAUCCUCAAAAUCCUUCUCAAGGGCGAGGAGAUCGACCCAUCUGUCUCUCUCGAGGAACUCGCCAAGCGCACGCCCUACUACUCGGGCUCGGACCUCAAGAACGCCUGCGUGGCAGCCGCCAUGGCCGCCGUCGAAGAGGAGAACGAGGCUGCUGCCCGGCACACGGGGCCGGAGCCCUACGAGUACCCCAAGAAGCGCACUCUGCGCCAGGAGCACUUUGACAAGGCUCUGCGGCAGAUCCCCGCCAGCAUCAGCGAGGACAUGGAGUCUCUCAAGCAGAUCCGCAAGUUUGACGAGGAGUACGGCGCCAAGAAGAAGGGUACCAAGAAGACCAUGGGCUUUGGUGUCGGUGCUGAGAAGAAGUUUGCUGAUGCCGAGGAGGUGCGCAUCCGUCGAGGAAGUCCUUGA